AAACGUCGCACGUCAAAAUCGUUGCCAUGAAAUGCAGGACAGAUUAUUGAUGUGCUCUUUGGACCGCACCCACAACUCUGAUACGGCUCUGGCUAUUGUUAGGCAAAUCCGACUCCGGCAAAAUCCGAAAAACUCGGAGUCAUCCGGAGUCGCCCAGAGUUGUUUGGAGUCGGAGUCAUCCGGAGUCGAACGGAUUCGGAGUAAUUCGGAGUUGUUUAGAGUCGAUCGGAGUCAACCGAAAACGGAGCUGGUUCGAAUCAACAGGAGCUGUCCAGUGCAAUUUGCUUGUGAUCAGGCACUUCAUUUCGUUGUGGUUUUUCACUUUGCACGUGCAUUUCGUAUACUAGCCCGUGUGUUGAAGGCCGACUUCGGCUGACUCCGGUUGACUCCGACUCCAACCGAUUCCAGACGACUCCUAGCAACUGCGACAACUAUGAACAAUUCCGAAUGACUUCGGACGACUCCGGACAACUCCUACGAUACCGAACAAUUCCGAACGACUCCGGGAAACUCCGGACGACUUUGACCCUGAACGACUUCGCACGACUCCGGACGUUUCCGAGCGACUCCCGGUAAUGCUGAGCGAAUCUACCUUAUAUAUCUAAAGAACUGUUAAAUGUCAAAAGCGGAGCGCCGUUUAUCCAGCGUCAUCGGGGCCAAGGUGUUAUAAAUGACAAGGUGAAGUUGUUCAGAGCAAAAUGACAUUUCUCGACUUGACAUUUCUCUUCCGGGGGCUCCGGUAUAAAAAUCGGUGAGGGCUGGUGCGGGGUAAUGAAAUUUGUAUGCAGAGAGUGACAGAUGUCCCCCACAAUGUCGCCCAGCAAAAGCGAUAAAAAUUAACCUUCUAAAUACAUUAUCCUUGAUCGGGUCACAACCCGGAUAAUAGAAUAGCACGGGUAAUGAGUAAAAGAAUAAAUGUUAUCACAAAUUCCGACGUUAUCUGUCAAAUCCCAUAAAUUUGACAGGCCGUCCGAUAAAAUCGCAGGCGAAAAAGCGUUGCCACGGUCCUUAGUUUUAGGUCCCAUAGCCCAAACCAAUUGUGUACAGCUGUAAACAUACGGCUGUCAAGCGGAAAAGCAACAUGGCGCGUGUGCUUUGUUUUGAUCCAGUGGUGCACCAACCUUGAUGGUUAGCAGAGUUGUGCGCAAACCGUGAACAUCGUGCAAGGAGACUAAAACCAAACCUGACAAAACCUUGCUUCAGACUCCAUUGAAUUCAGUUUAAAAUGCAAUAAGGCAAAGAGCGGAAAAGUGCAAACUACCCACAAUGAGUAAUAUGUAGCGUGCCGAUAGAAGAGAGUGUUGCAUCCUACCGAACUGUCCGUUGUCGUUGGUUAAAAUGGACAUCGGAAGAGUGGAGCCUGAGCCGGUUAGCUGCGAUCAAUGCCUGCUGUGUCAGUUAAACAGUACCGAUCGAAAUUUGGUAACCGAGCGGCUCGACUCCGGCCAAGGCACCGUAGCGGAUGUUAUCUGUAAACAUUUUUGGCUUUCGGCAGCGACAUGCACAGGCCGAUACAUCUGCACCACCUGCUGGGAUGUGACGUAUUCGUUUCACAAAUUCUAUCUCGAAGUGCAACGGUUGCAUUCACCACUAGAUCCAGCCGCGGUUAAGCAAGAGCCACCAACUGCACCAACCCAAACAAAGCAGCAAGCGGACACAACGAAAGCCGACCAGCUCGUCUGGCUGAACGAGGGCAGCACGCUCAUCACGAACGUGAACGAAGUUUUCGUGAAGGAGAGCUUACCAGAAAGCGACGAUGAACCGGCCGAAGAGGACGAAGAUUCCGACGAGGAUGCAAACAUUCCUUUGGCAACGCUCAAGCAGGCAGCGAAACCGACCGCCACGGAAACGCUCGUACCUCUGCAGCAGGAUGACGACGGCACGGCAGGAAACGCUCCAUUCCCCGGGGUAGGUUUGUCCUUGUGCCGCAUUAGCGGCAGUUCGCUGGAGCUGCUUUGCCACGAUUGCUACCGGAAGUCGAACAAUGCGAACAGCAGCGAGCGAAGCAAGGAGGGAGCGCGCUUUACCUUUGCCGCACUGCUGAAACACUACCGGCAGGUACACGGCAAGCCGGGGUACGCGGUGUGCUGCAAUCGAAAGUACACGCGGCGACGGUCGCUCAAGAUGCACCUGCAGACGCACGGCCGGAAGUUGGUGUACCGGUGCGUGCCGUGCGGCAUCAAGUUCCGCAAGCAGGAGUCGCUGGACGAGCACAACCUGCUGAUCCACACGUCGGAGGAGGAGAAGCGGUACCGGUGCGACAAGUGCGACAAAGCGUUCGCCACGGAGCAUCUGCUCAACUCGCACGGCCUGUGGCAUGAGAAUGUGGCCAGAAAGAACAUCACCUGCAGCGUGUGCAACAUUUUCUUCACCAGCCAACCGUCGCUGAAAAAGCAUCGCGCACUGCACCACCCUUCGAUGGAGAGCAGCGAUGUGAGCGUACCCUCCACCAACGGCAGCACUGCAGAGGCGGUCGACGAUGAAAAAUUAGUCGCCUCGCAGUAUCGCACCCGCAUUUCGGCCACGGAAAUCGGCGAACAGGAGAAGCUGAUCCGGCGCCACUGUCUGCUGCACUGCAGCCGGUGCGCCUUCUUCGGCGAAAGCUUCACCCAGCUCAAGGAGCACGCGGCCGAGGCGCACGGGCUGCGCAGCUGCGACGUCGUGUGCUGCGAGCGCACGUACAGCAAGCGGCAGUCGCUGUACGAGCACUGUCUGGUGCACGAGAAUCCCGACUGCUUCCGGUGCGACGUGUGCGGCAAGAGCUACUCCAGCAGCCGGAGCCUGCAAAACCACAAGUGGCGCAUACACACGCCUGCGGCCGAGCGCCCGUUUCGCUGCGACGUCUGCGGCGAAACGUUCGUGAAGGAUUAUCUGCUCAAGCAGCAUCUCGUGCAUCAUUUGGCGAAGCACAAAAAGCUAAACCACUGCGACGUGUGCGAGCGCUCGUUCACGACCGCGACGGUGCUCAAGUGCCACCAGCAGACGUACCAUGGCGGCGGCUUCGCCCUGAUCUGUGAUAUCUGCGCGAAGGGUUUCAACAGCCGGGCGUUGUUCGAAAACCAUCGCCUGACGCACUCGGUGGAAGGCAAGUCGCAGCUGAAGCAUCAGUGCGAACAGUGCAAGAAAUGGUUGCGCAACAAGAAAUCCUACCAGCAGCAUCGCAUCCGCUGCCACACGAACGACGGUCCGGUGACGUGCAAGUUCUGCGGCAAGGAGUCAGUGAACGCGAGCGCCCUCAAGUCGCACGUGCAUCUGCAUCACGCGGCCCGGCCCGAAUACCCCUGCACGCUGUGCGACAAACGGUUCAAGACGGCACUGCGGUUGCGGGAGCACGAGGCGACGCACACGGGCACGGCACUGUACCGGUGUCCCUGGUGUCCGCGCACGUUCGCCUGCGGCUCGAACAUGUACAAGCACAAAAAGGCGGGCCACCCGCUCGAGUGGGCUGCCUCGGUGAAGCAACGGUUCGGCGAGCGAUGAGUGCAGCGGCUCUCGGCUACGCAAAGGCUGGACAAGCCGCGAUUGCAAUGGAUUGCCGGUGAGCUUUUGGAGCGUUUCUACGAGUCGGACGGGAACAGAGGAUUGGUAUGAUUGUAAUAGGUCUGCAGGAAAAGGAGGGCAAUAAUGCAAUUUUUAGAUUACAUUAGUUAAAUUAUUAAAUACUGCAAUGAUUGAAUUCCGGUGUUAGUGGUAAGUAUCGUCUAUUUAGGAUUUAUAGGAAUUUGGUUGGUUAGCAAAUCCUAAUUGAACAAAAAAACGAUCAAAAUGUACAAAAAACGAUCAAAAUUGCAAAUAUUUGAAAAAAUCCAGAUUUUUCUUACAUAAGAAAGAAAUAUCAAGCCGUAUUAUUACAGCUACGUUAUUUUUAGAUUACAAAUUUUAAUAUUUUUAUUUGUUUUAUGAUAUUUUGAACUUGGAUUAUAAGGGAUAUCAAACUCGUUCCAAAAGGGGGUUGUUUUUCAAAACUGUUUCAUCAAAGCUUUUGCAAAGCUUAUACUCAAUUGGAAAUGUGGA